GAGGAGGCAGGCGAGGGAAGGGGAGGAGGCUGGCCAGGUUGGCCGCCUAUUUGAUGGAAAGUAGCAGUUUGUAUUCGCUCAGUGUUGGCCGCGUCGCGCGCGCGAGAGCCCCAGUCUCCGGAGAAGUGCCCCGCUCGUGACAGCGUCGCGCGGGGAGGGAGGAGGGAGGGAGAGAGAGAGAGAGAGAGAGAAGGAAGGCGCGAGCGAGCGAGAGAGAGAGGCAUACAGAGAGAGAGGCAAGGAAGGAAAGAAGGAAGGAAGGCAGGAAGGAGGGAGACUGACGCCGCUGCCACCGGCUGCUGCUGAGGUGACAGGCUGACCCCUGAGUGGCUCCGUAGAGUGUCCAAGAGGGUGUCCCCCGGCUCCCUGGCUGGGCCCCCGGAGGGAGGAAGCGCCUGGGCCGCCCCGCCGAAGGGGAAGAAGCGGCAGAGACUUGCUCGCCGGUGCCUUGAUCCUCCUCCUCAUCCGCCGCAUUUUUAAUGGGAAGAUGGCGAUGUGGGCUCGGCGGCAGACCUGCGGCGGUGGCGGCGGCGCCUCUCGCCUGGCCGGGGCUCUUUGGAGCCAACUCCUCCUGUGCCUCGUCCUCUCCGCCCCCGCCGCCCAGGGAUACAGCUUCCCUCAGAAUUACACAAUGCAGUACUGGGCCAGAAGGCUGGAGCAAGAGAUUGAUGGCGUGAUGAGAAUAUUUGGUGGUGUUCAGGCACUCAAACGGAUCUACGAUGAGAAAAGGAACCUGUUUGAAGUAAGAGAGAAUGUUCCAGAUAAAAUUGUGGAAAAAGUGGCAGGGGACAUCGAGAGCCUGUUGGCCAAGAAAGUCCGGGCAUUAAAGAGAUUGGCUGAUGCAGCAGAGAGGUUUCAGAAAGCCCAUCGCUGGCAAGACAACAUCAAGGAAGAACAUAUUGAAUACUAUGAUUCCAAGGCUGAUACAGAAUAUGAUGAUCCAGAUGGAGAAGAAAUUGAAAAGGAUACUUCUAACUCUUUGAAGCUGGAUUUCACAGAAGAUGAACAUUUUAAAACCAAGGUUAACUACUCUUACGCUGCUGUGCAGAUACCUACAGACAUCUACAAAGGCUCCACUGUCAUCCUCAAUGAGCUAAACUGGACUGAAGCCUUGGAAGAUGUAUUUGUUGAAAACCGGAAAGAAGACCCAUCAUUGCUGUGGCAGGUCUUUGGAAGUGCCACAGGCGUUACCCGCUUCUACCCAGCCACCCCUUGGAGGGCACCUAAUAAGAUUGACCUAUAUGACGUCCGACGAAGACCUUGGUAUAUCCAAGGAGCCUCAUCUCCAAAGGACAUGGUCAUCAUCGUGGAUGUGAGUGGCAGUGUUAGUGGCCUGACACUGAAGCUGAUGAAGACAUCGGUCUAUGACAUGCUGGACACACUGUCAGAUGAUGACUAUGUAAAUGUGGCCUCGUUUAACCAAAAGGCCCAGGCUGUAUCCUGCUUCAAUCAUUUAGUCCAGGCAAAUAUCCGCAACAAGAAGGUCUUCAAAGAGAAGGUGGAAGUAAUGGAGGCUCGGGGAACCACAGACUACAAGGCAGGCUUUGAGUAUGCCUUUGAACAGCUGCAAAAUUCCAACAUCAGCAGAGCCAAUUGCAACAAGAUGAUCAUGAUGUUCACCGAUGGAGGAGAAGAUCGGGUUCAAGAUGUGUUUGAGAAGUAUAACUGGCCCAACAAGACAGUACGAGUGUUCACUUUUUCUGUUGGGCAGCAUAACUAUGAUGUCACUCCUCUACAGUGGAUGGCUUGUGCUAACAAAGGUUAUUACUUUGAAAUUCCCUCCAUUGGAGCCAUCCGAAUCAAUACACAGGAAUACCUGGAUGUUCUAGGAAGACCCAUGGUCUUGGCAGGAAAGAAGGCAAAACAAGUUCAGUGGACCAACGCCUAUCAGGAUGCUUUGGGUCUGGGCUUGGUGGUGACGGGCACUUUAGCAGUGUUCAAUCUCACUGAUGAUGGCAGUGGUGAAAAGAAGAAUCAGCUCCUCUUGGGUGUUGUGGGAAUCGAUGUGGCUCUUAAUGACAUCAAGAAACUGACACCAAGAUACAAUUUAGGGGCUAACGGUUAUAUAUAUGCUAUUGAUCUGAAUGGAUAUGUAUUGCUGCAUCCAAACCUACGACCUCAGAUCAUCAAUUUUCAAGAACCUGUCACUCUGGAUUUCCUUGACGCUGAACUAGAAGAUGAUAACAAGGAAGAUAUCCGAAGAAGAAUGAUCGAUGGAGAGAAAGGGACUCGAAACAUCUGGACUUUAAUCAAGUCUCAAGAUGAGAGAUAUCUAGAUAAAGUCCACAGGAUGUAUACCUGGGCACCUAUCAAGAGCACAAACUAUAGCCUAGGUUUAGUCUUGCCACGUUACAGCACCUAUUACAUCCGGGCUAACCUUAGUGACCAGAUUCUUCAGGUGAAGUUACCAAGCAAAUUGAAGGAUUUUGAAUACCUGCUGCCAAACAGCUUUGAGUCCGAGGGACAUGUGUUCAUUGCUCCAAGAGAAUAUUGCAAAGACCUCAACCUGUCGGAUAACAACACUGAAUUCCUGGAAAACUUUAUCGCCCUCAUGGAAAAGGUGACGCCCGACUCCAAGCAAUGUGAUAAUUUUCUCCUUCACAACCUUAUCCUGGACACAGGCAUUACCCAACAGUUGGUUGAAAGAGUAUGGAGGGACCAAGACUUAAACACAUAUAGCCUCCUAGCUGUGUUUGUUGCAACCGAUGGUGGCAUUACCCGUGUUUUCCCUAACAAAGCUGCUGAAGAUUGGGAAGAAGACCGAGAACCUUUCAAUGCCAGCUUCUAUCGACGAAGCCUAGAUAACAAAGGCUACAUCUUUAAGCCACCUUAUCGGGAUGCCAGCUACAGAGGACUGGAGCUGGAAAACAAUACAAUUGGGAUCCUUGUUAGCACAGCUGUUGAGCUCAACUUUGGUGAGAGGCACCUGAAACCAGCAGUGGUUGGAGUGAAACUUGACUUGGAGGCCUGGGCGGAAAAAUUUAAAGUCCUUGCAAGUAACCGAACAGAAAGGGACCAGCUGGGAACUCGAAGAUGUGACCCCUCCACUGGCUGUGAGAUGGACUGUGAGGCUAAUUACAAGGAUCUCCUUUGUGUGCUCAUUGAUGACGGGGGCUUUUUGGUGCUCUCCAAUCAGGAGGAUUACUGGAUGCAGGUAGGCAAGUUCUUCAGCGAAGUAGAUGCACACUUGAUGUCUGCUCUCUUCAACCAUUCGUUUUUCACCAAAAAAGAAUCAUACGACUUCCAAUCUGUCUGUGCCUCAGAAGCUCCAAGCAACACAGGAGGAGCACCACGUGGAGUUUAUGUGCCAACAAUGGCAGAUUUCCUGAAUCUAGCCUGGUGGACCUCAGCAGCUGCGUGGUCUCUAUUUCAACAGUUCUUGUAUGGACUAACUAUCAACAGCUGGUUUCAAACAGACGAUGUCACAGCAGAAGGAAUGGAGUCCAAGGAGACCAGCUGCAUCAUGAAGCAGACCCAAUACUAUUUUAGUACACCUAACAAUACUGAUAUCAACUUCAUUGACUGUGGAAAUUGCUCUAGGCUAUUCUAUGCACAAAGACUGGCCAGCACCAAUCUUCUGUUUGUUGUCGCAGAAAAGCCAAUAUGCAGUCAGUGUGAAUCCACCAAGCUUCUUCAAGCAGAGAUUAAGGCUCCGCCGGGAGAUCGCAAUCAAUGUGAGCUAGUAGAAAGGCCACGAUAUCGAAAAGGUCCCCACGUCUGUUUUGACUACAAUGCAACAGAAGACACCUCAGACUGUGGCAGAGGAUCCUCCUUCAGGCCGUCCUUGAGUGUCGUGUUAUCUCUGCAGCUGCUCCUCCUCUACUUGACUGCCAGUUGCCAUCCACUGCCCUUGGCAUCUUGCCUUUGAAACAUCCAUUUAGUCUAGCCCAUCCAUUUUUGUUUAUGCGCCAUCUCCAUCCCCUCCAGACUUGCCAGAGGAGGGCAACUGCCUACUCUCAUCAGCUCUGGCCACACCUUGGCACGCCCUCAUGAGGACCGUCUCGUUCUUCACUCAGAAGUCCAGAAGCUAUGCUCAUUGUUUGUUUCUCGUUUUCCUCCAUCCUCUCCUUGCCCUUGCACAGCAGGUUGUGCAAACACAAGAGCUCUGAGCAAGACUUGGGGAAGCACGACCCAUCGUGGCCUGCUCCACCUCGUGAACAUCCUUGGGCUUUUAUUCAUUGCUCCUCUUCUCACCCAUUGAGCUGUUGGCCAAAUACCAAGAACAGUGGCCUCAUGCCGUUUCCCACCCCACCCCCAUUGAAUCUGUGGAAUUCUGGGAGACCUUUGUCAGUUUCAUCAGGAGAGUUCUCAUGAUUUUCUUGUUGUUAAAAAAAAGUAUUCAUUUAACAAUGCUGACAGAUUACUAUUCUGUUUGAAACAAUUUACCUUCCCAUCCCAAACAUGCAAAGCAGUGCCGGCAACAACGAUGAAAAAUUAUAAUAGAAAAGAAAAAUAUUCUUGCCAAAUUGAUUCUUUAGUCUAGUUAACUUUUCAGCCAAAUCCAGUGGCUUCUCAAACUCAAAGUAAUCCUAGGAUGUCACCGCAGCAUUUCCAUCCCACCCAAUACACUCUGUGCUUUCUGAGACCUUCAUUGCUGAGUCUCUCAUCAGUUAGAUCCCAUCUCAAAUCAAUUUUUCAAUUAUUAUUUUUAGCCUGAAAAUUUUAAUCUAGAUCUUUCUAAAACAUCUAAUUUUCAAGCAUUUUAGACAGAUAAAUUAUGGUAUUUAUUGUCAGCAACAAAAACACAAAGAAAAAGGUUUUGACUUGAAUUUUAUGGUCAGUAUUAUUUAUUUAAACUCCAAACUAAGAGGAGAUGGAAAGCAAGGAAAAAUAUGUGGGCACAUCAUUCUAAGGACCCAUACAUGGUUGGCAGGUACAGUAGCUCUCACUGUCUUGGGCAAAAUGAACAGCAAGAUAGUCUCAGUCUAGUGGGCAACAAAAACAGCCCAAACUCAGUAGUCCCUGACUUCAAUCAUUUAUUUUGCCUGUCCCAAUCCUUAAUGGAUCCAGAUAUGUCUGAGUCAGUCAAGAAAACAAGACCUAAUAUUCUCAUUCCCAAAUCCCUGGAAAGACUACACGAUGAACUUUUUACAGCAUCCUACCUUUGAGAUUGGCCAAUGGUGGAGUUAACUAAACAAAAAGGACCUCCUUCCUAGUUUACAGUGUCUCAUUUUUAGUAAAAGAUAUUCUACACCAUACUGGCAACAGCACUCUGUGCCAAACCAAACAAGGAAGGUGAUAGCCAAAGCUUUUCUUCCUCGAUGUUAUACAGAAUCUGAACUGUAUGCUUAUAGUGCCCUCCAUCUAUCCAGUCUUGGGAUUACAGAGGUGAAUAGAGCACAGCUAAGCCUCAAAAAAGCAGAUACCCUGCAGACAGCUGAUUCUCUUCAGUGUCAAUGCACUUUAGGAGGGAAGUAUGAAGGUGUAAUAAUGACAGCUGUCAUUCAACUGAUACAGAACAGGACACAUUAAGUGGCUCUGUAGGCACACAUUCCAUGGUUGAAAUUGUUACUGAUGGCAGCAGCUGCACAACGUUUUGCAAAUUUUAAAAUACAUCACUCCGUAUCCUCAAAAUGCUGCGUAUUGUUUAGGACUUUCCUAGGGCAAAUUGCCAGCCUUUGUGCCUACUGCUUGUGCACAUACAGUAAUAAACAUACCUUUCUCAUUUAAUAUGAACUGAGAGGCUUAGUCACAAGACAGUUCUAAAAUCUCUUCAGCUAAUUGUCCCCUGUCCUCCAGUGCAUUGCCUCUGCGCCUGGGAGUAGCCAGCAAAGUUGGAAGGAGCUUCUCUUUUUCCUGUUUCUUUUGAUGUGAGAGCUGCUGUUGGAAAUUCACAUCGGGGCAAUGUGAAGAACUGCAGCAAUGCGCGCUAGUAGUUUGACACAGUUUCAUCAAUGGGAAGCAGUUAAUUGCUGCAUCUGUAACUAUGAUGAUCUUUUGCUGCAGCACAAUGUGAUGUGGUACAGCGUACAGUAGCAUGAAAUGUGCACAAUAGUGCACUUCAUUUUGACCUCACAUGCUCAUUUUCUCAACCAAAAGCCUUUUCCAGUGAACUGAUCCCUGACACACAACCUUUCAUGCGUGCUAUGAAUUUCAAUUGCAUUUAUUACCAAGAAAUACAGAAAGCAAAGAUGUCAAUUGCAUCGAUCUGUAUUUUUCUGAGCAAAGAAAGCGACCAAAUUCAUGAACUAAUUUUAUGAACCAUAGUGUGUCUGUGGGAAAUUUCUGUGAUCCUGGCUGGGUGUUUCAGUACUAAACCAAAUGUAUGGGGAAAGCGUCCAGCAAGGAAUGAGCUGUACCUGCAUCAUUCUACACUGACAUCACAACUUGUGUGUGACACGGACUCUGGCACUUGUAUUGGCUCCACAACUGUUUCAUUGCAAGACAAAAGGGUAUCAACACAUUUGGUCCAUCUUGCAAAGGUUCGGUGGGUUCAAAAUCGUACCAAAGCAUGCAGUGUAGACUAUCUUCAAAGAUGUUACCUGCGGUCCUGGUCUAGUACAGCUUGAAUUGUGAAAACAGGUCACUACUCUACUAAAUAUACUAGUGUGGUGCAAUUACAUAGUACAUGUCUUGUGCAAAAAAAAAUCAAGAGCUGGAAGAAGACCUUUGGAGAACAUAUUGUGGUGCAUUUUCUUCCUUUCCAAUGAUACUUGUUCUUGAGACCUGGGAAAAACUGGUUUCUUUUAAAAAGCAGCUCCACUGUUAACUCCUCUGUCCACAUGGCCCAAGAUUUAACUGCCAAUUGAAUGUCAUUUGUUUCAAAUCGGGGACUAAAAGGGUCUUGCCACCCAAGUCUUUCACCAGCUGGUACAUCUGAUGCUAAGAGUAAUUGUAUUGCUUCAUUGGUCUUGUACAGGUUUUUAGAAGAGUAAAGUGGGAUGUUCCAAACAACUCUAACUUCGACAUAACAGUAGAAUACAGUACUGGUAUUUCUAGAAUAUAUUCCCAGUACUGAUCAGUUACACUGGUUAUAGAGACACUUCCAGUAUCUCACUGGUCAAUGCCAAACCGUGCCAAAUUGUGUGAUUGUUUUGUGAUGUGGGCAACUGUCUGUGGUGUGCUUGGCUGAAAUUAUCCCCAGUUCAUUCCAAUUCAGUCUGACUAAAACCAUGGCCUCUUUUAUGCCACUUGUUCUGUGACUUCAUUUGGCUAGUGUGCUGGACCAGCAAUAUAUCCAUAUGGUAUACCUGCUUAAUAGCUGAUAUUGAGAAGUGGAGAAAACCCAGGCAAAAAGAAUUAUCUGCUUACCAGGAGAUGGCAGAAGUUUUGGAGUACUUGUCUUCUCUACCGAGAGAGUUCAUUUUAUAUAAAGGCUUUUCCCAACUUCUUGUGUGCCUUGCCAGACAGGCAACAGAGAUGCUUGUUUCUUGAUCAGAAAUUAGACUACUUGUUGUUGGUAUUUUAUAUCACACAAUCAUUCAAGAUGAAAUAGCCAUUGUAAUCAAAUUAUUAGUAUUUCACUUUUAAUAAUAAAUUUUGUUACCCUCCUCUUCUCGUGGCUUGAGGUGAGGUACAAUACAGUUAAAUGGACCAGAUAAAACACAAUGCCAUUAAUAUAUAUAUAUUAAAAUACGUACUACAAAGAUUAAAACAUGAUACUAAUAGAAUGUACAUUUAAAAUUAAUAGUUUAAAAUUGAUUGAGUAGGCCUGUCAGAAGACAAAGAUCUUUAAUUUUCAUUUAGCUGUCAAAUCUCUUCUGGCAGGUCAUUCUAGUCAUGGGGCGGCUGAUAAAAACUCCCAGCCUCUGGAAAGAAAUAGAAAUAAUUACUUUCAAAGCUGAUCAUAUCCAAGGAAUUAUAAUUACAAAUGUAUAACGAGGAACCCUUUUGGUAUCGAGAUGUAACACCAAUAGGGUGAGGCGGGUUCAUGAUCAAUCAUGAAGGAUUAAACAAAAAGUGAGCUGUUUGGCAGACAUUUCUUUAAAUAUACAUUGUUGGCAGCAAUCAAUUUCCAUUUUAUUUUUGCUGCCAAAAAGAGUACACAUGCAACUUAUUAGGACAAAUUUGUCUUUGCUUCACACCCAGACUUCAAAUCGGCUGUUUCCAUUUGGUUUUUAAAAAUUAACUACAUCAUAGACAUCUACCCAGUUAAGUGUACAAUUCCACAGGGUUAUUUUUAAUAAAGCGGAACCACUAUUUUAAACGUUGGCAUUACUGGUUCCAGCCAAGCAUCUGCUACAACCAUGUAGAACUGGUUUUUCUCUGAUCCUAUCACAAGAGAUUUCAUGAUACAUCAGAACAAAAUGCAUAAGAUUGUGCUUACAAAGGGAUUGAGUACUAAAAUAAUAUAUAUUGGUAUACAUCCUUCUGCUUUCCACACCAGAGGUUAUAAUUGGGAGGGCAAAACUGUGUGACUGAAAAUGAUUAUGAGAACAGUUGAUGGAACACUUCAGAUCACUUCUAUUGGGGAUGGACCAGCAGUUUUUUAACACUGCACAAUACAAAUUAAACUCUCUUGCAGUCUUUCUGAAAAGAUAACUAGCUAUGUUUAAACUUUUGCUUUGCAUGUAGGUUACAGAUAUCACUAAAUUCUUCGUAAAUGGUGACAUUUGUUCAGCAGAAGUUGUAGUCCAUUAAAGCUCCCGAGAUUGGACAGAUUAA